UGUACACAUUAGAAUCUCUCCCUUUUUAUAUCCUAUGCCCUACGCCUCUGUGUCAGCCUCCGUUGAACUCCGAUAAACAGUCUUCUCCCAUUCACACAUUCUCUCGGUUCUCGCUGAAGUUCCUUCAAAUUCAAAUUCUUUGCCGCACUCAGUCUUCUGUUUGCAUCGCUGCUGUUUGGAUCGUCCGCUGGAACAUUGUUUACUCGAGAUCGGCACUGCUUGACUUUGUUUAUUUGAAAUUCGAAUUGGUUUCCACCAAAUACAUACACACCAUCAUCAUGCGUUCUCGCCAUACAUGGAAUAACAAGCGGGUGUCGUUCAUGCUCUGCGCUGUCCUCGUGCUCUAUGUCUUUGUGUUCUCGGGAAGCUAUCGCAAGUAUCAAAUAGACGCUGUUAUCGGCAAUACGAAACCGGAAACGGUUUGGGAAUAUGUUGCGGACUUUAACAAAAUGCGCCUACUAAAUCCCACAAUCCUGAAUUUCAAGAUUCUAGCUGAUCACGGACAUGCUCAUGAUUGGCGAUAUACGGUGGAGUAUACGGAACGAUUGUCUCAUUGGCCGCACUGGCUGAACACGGCAACAGCCAAGUACGUGGUGACCAAGACGAUGCCAGGUGUAACGCCCCAAGAAUGGGCAAUUGAAUCGAGUCAUGAAACUUGCUUCUUCAACGGUUUCUAUUGCUUGCAUUCGCAUAGCGACUUCCGUUUCAGUGCUCGCGGUGAUGAUACCUACGCCAAUGAGAAGAUCGAGUAUCAGUGUCCACCGCUUCUGGGCAGCGCCUGUCGACGGGAGCUCGAGUAUCAGCGACGUGCCGUCAUGUACAAUUUGACGCACAUUCUGAAGCGUACAUAAUAAAAAUAGC